UCCUUUCUGACAAAAUUAAGGAAUUGAUUAAAAAAUUAUAUGGAAUAUUUGCAACAAAUAAUGCAUUUAACUGUGUGAAAAUUUCGAUUUACGUUCAAAAACGGUUUUGCCCUUAGUUUCUGUCGGAUCUGAACGUGUAAAUCAAUCAUAAUAAAAAAAUCUUACAUCAGUUGCAAAGCUGCUUUUUCUGAACACAGCCUGACACAGUCUAUACUUAUAGAUCUAUUUGCGUUGCUUUUACUUUUUGCACUUAGCAUUUUUAUUUUUUCUUUUUCUCUAACGCUCGAAUAUAUUUUUAUCUCGUUUCUAGUGCAAAUAUUUUUGAAUAUUUUUAACAACGCGGAUAAACCGGAUGAACGGUAAUCUAUAUUUUUUUACAAAUCUAUGGUUAUAUCCGCCGUUCACCGCCGUCUCCACGAAACAUGUGGUCGCGAACGUAUGGUGAAUAAUUUGUACGCACGUGUCAUAUAAUACGCGUUCAAACGCGUAGAAACGUGUAUACGGCAAUUGCCGGAAAGAGUAUAUACUAUUAAAAUGAAAACGGUUCUCUCCGAAAUGUCUGUGGUAUCUUCAAGAGUCAGCAGCGUGUCAUCUAUCCUGAAAGACAGUGGAGUUAGAGCGCAGUUUUUUAAGCAGCCCAAUAAAGUAUAUUUUAAGCUCCCGCAAGAUGUUAGAAAUAUAUUAUGUAAUUUCACAAAAGGUGAUGGGAUUAAAGAAUACCAGAAGUUGAUACUGUCGCUUAAAGAAGGUGCUGUAAAGGAUAGUGAUUUAGCAGAAUUUCUAACAGAGGCACGACAAUGUAUAUCCUUGUUAGAUAAUAAAUAUGAAUCGUUUGUUCAAGCACUUCUUCAAGUCGAUUGGACAACUAGAUCAUCAGAAGUAAUUUCCAUUUAUAAACUUUUUCUACAGGAUUUAGUGUGUAUGCAAACAGUUCAUAUAAAUAUUGUAAUUAAUCGUUUGGCUGAAUUAUUUAAACCAGUGGAAGAUGUUAAUGUUGAACACGAGGCUGGACAGUUUAAAGAUAAAGAUCUAGAAAGGCUAAAUCACAUACAUGACAUAUUACAUAAAAUUUUGGAAGUAGUACCAAUGUCAAACAAAGUUUUAUUACAAGCCCUUAUAUCACAAUUUCCAUACAUUGUACAUGGCACUUAUACUCAUGAAAUUUAUGUCUACGCGUUAUUACAAAUUCUAAAUUAUGCACCUCAACUGAGAUCAAAUAUUUUACUCUUCAUCAUUAACAGACUAAUGAUAUUGGAUGUGAAUAUACCUCGUGAAGAAACAAACGAUAAUGAAGACGAUGUAGUAGACGAUUGCAGCUAUAAUGGGAUAGCUGACAAUGAUAGUCUGACUAAAAUAAACAUUGACACAGACAAACAAAAGAGUGUACAUCCAAUUGCACGUACGAUGGACUUCUGCAUAGAAUUAUUUCUUAAAUAUAUGCACGAAUUUUGUUUCACGAAUGACGUUCUACAGAUAGAGAAUAUGAGGCUACUAUACUUCGAUAUUCUUUGUGCAUUUGAAACAGCAAUAUUACCUACACAUGCCAGUCAAUACGUACAGUACAUCAUGUUCUACAUUUGCAGUUUUAGACCUAUAAUUGCGGAAACAUUCACAAAUUGGUUAUGGCACAAAGUAACAGAUCCAAAUGUAGCACCAGUUUUACGGCAAACAGCUGUUUGUUAUAUUUCCAGUUUGCAAGCUACUGCCUCAUUUGUUUCUCCCGGAUUAGUAAAAAAUACAAUAUCUAAUUUAACAAUAUGGAUACACAAAUAUAUCACUUCUCAAGAAAAUUCGAAAUACAUUGACGAUGAUAGACAACCACACGUCGUCUUUUACUCUGUUUGUCAAGCAUUCUUUCACUUAUUUGUUGCGAGGUACAAGUAUUUUGUUGAAUCAAACAAUGGAAUAUUAUUUCUUCAAAAUCUUGAUAUAUCGAAAAUUGUUACUUGUAAAUUAAAUCCCUUGAAGAUGUGCGACACCAAGGUCGUUCAUGAUUUUGCUGAUAUUACAAGCAUGUAUCAGUUAGCCUACUGCUAUGCCAUAAUUGAGAACAACGAGCGCAAUCGAUUACCCAUUUUUGGAAUGAAAAAUGAAUUACCCGUUUUGGUCCCUAAUUUUUUUCCAUUUGAGUCUUAUACGUUAGAGCAUAGUGGACGAAGGAUAGCUCCUUUAUUUUAUAAUAAUGUAGCAAUUAUUGAAGAUCAAUCGAAUAAGAAAUGCAAAUAAAAAUAAUUUAUGUGUAUACUAAUAAAUUAUAGUAAAUUUAUUUUAAAUCAUUA